UGGUCUUGGUGGAUCUGCUGGGCAGAUUCCCUGCUCUUUUUAAAUCCUUGCUCGGCAAUGCAUCAUCGAUGCUCAACCACCUCAACCACACAACCCACACACAACCUUGAAAGUACCUCCUACCUAACCCUUACGUAGGUAAGGUACUUUAUCAUUCCCGCGAAUCGCAAAAACUUCGUGAUCUGGAACUAUUGUUUGUGGUACCUGACAUUGUUUUACACCUCAUCUUACCAAUUAGCUAUUAAAACCUGCUGCCUACCUGGAUGGAAAUACCACUCGAUAAAUUCCAAUAAUAUAUCUUCAUUCUACUUCCCUCCAACUCUUCUUUUUUGGUGAUACUCAACUUCGCUCAAUAAUCUUCGUUUGCCACUAAUUCAUGUGAUACCCCUCAUUUUUUAUUUUCAACUGCCCUCUCUGUAUCUAAAAGAUUUACUUGUUACCACAUUCCUCCUUAUCUUUCUUGACAAUCUGAUUUCUUCUUGUAUAUUCCUUUCGCAUGCCGUGUUGAUUAUCUAGAUUAGAUCCAUCACUAUGGCCAUAGUCGAGGAGAAGGCCGCGCUUCGCAAUGCGGGAGCUAGAAGAUCUGAGCGCCCAGGGCGUACCUCCCCCAGUGAUGCUCCCGAGGUUGUCGUAGCACCUGGCUACUACAGCGGUAUCAUGGCUUCAGACUUGGAAUCUGCCGCAGGAGAUGAUGGCCUUCCAGCAUAUAGUGAAGUACACGAUCGCUUCACACUUCGCCAAUCAGGGUUUGACGCGGGAGCUGCCGUCACUGACGACGGCCGAGUAAACAUCAACAUCAACCAGACGAAUAGGCGCUUAGCCGACUUAUUAGCGCCCGCCUUACGCUACAACGAAAAUGUGGUCGAGGAUCCUCUCCCACCCGCCUAUAUCCCUCCCAGCUUGGGUGGUUUACCAGGACAGACUCCGCCGCCCCGGUUGAACGUUGUCAUACAGAUCGUUGGCUCGCGAGGUGACGUCCAGCCAUUUGUCGCCCUCGGAAAAGUCCUCAAGGAUACAUAUGGUCACCGUGUCAGAAUUGCUACUCAUUCCACUUUCCAAACGUUCGUCGAGGAGAAUGAUCUCGAGUUUUUUAAUAUUGGAGGCGAUCCCGCUGAGCUUAUGGCAUUUAUGGUAAAGAACCCGGGGUUGAUGCCAGGUAUUGACGCGUUAAAGAGCGGAGAAAUUACGAAGCGGAGAAGGGGUAUUGAGGAAAUCGUAUUCGGUUGUUGGAGGUCUUGUAUCGAAACUGGAGAUGGCCUGGGACCGGCCCCGCGCUUCGACCGCAAGAGUAAAGACGACGACAACGAUCUAAAUCCUGCUCCUCUGGAUAACUCCGGCCAUAAACCAUUUGUCGCGGACGCCAUUAUUGCGAACCCCCCGAGUUUUGCGCAUAUCCACGUGGCUGAGAAGCUGGGGAUUCCUUUACAUCUAAUGUUCACCAUGCCUUGGUCACCAACAAAGGCGUUUCCACAACCUCUCGCCAAUAUCCAGUCAUCAAAUACAGAUCCCGUUACUACGAACUACCUCUCCUACGCAAUGGUUGAGAUGAUGACGUGGCAAGGACUUGGCGACGUUAUCAACCGCUUCCGCACAAAAGUACUCGAUCUUGAGCCUCUUUCGGUUCUCUGGGCUCCUGCUCUUCUGACCCGCCUUCGGAUUCCUUACACAUACUGCUGGUCACCAGCUCUGAUUCCCAAACCAAAUGAUUGGGGACAACACAUCGAUAUCGCUGGUUUUUACUUCCUCAAUCUCGCCUCGUCUUAUACCCCGGACCCCGAAUUAGCAGCAUUUCUUGCGGCUGGUCCCCCACCAGUCUACAUCGGAUUUGGUUCUAUUGUCGUUGAUGACCCGAACGGUUUAACACGCAUGAUUUUUGAUGCCGUGGCAGAAACAGGGGUACGAGCGCUUGUUUCGAAAGGUUGGGGCGGGUUGGGAGCUGACUCUGUUGGAAUACCGGAGGGAGUUUUUAUGCUUGGUAACGUCCCACACGACUGGCUAUUCGAACGUGUCGCUGCUGUCUGCCACCAUGGUGGUGCCGGAACUACUGCCGCUGGAAUCAAAGCCGGUAAACCUACUAUUGUAGUGCCAUUUUUCGGAGACCAGCCUUUUUGGGGUGCCAUGGUUGCGAGAGCCGGGGCGGGACCUGAUCCUAUCCCUUACAAGAAACUCACAGCAGAAGGACUAGCAAAAGCGAUCAAGAUGGCAUUGAUGCCAGAAACCCAGGAACGAGCCCGCGAACUGGGCGAGAAGAUACGAGAGGAGAAAGGCACAGACGUUGGAGCCCAUAGCUUUCACAAACAUCUCGAUGUCGACAGGUUACGUUGCGCACUAGCACCCAGCCGUGUUGCCACAUGGCGUCUCCGACGAACACAGGUCCACCUCAGUUCGCUGGCUGCAGCGGUACUAGUAAAAAAUGGAUAUCUACGAUAUUCGGAUCUAAAAUUGUUCCGGCCGAACGAAUACAGUACCGAAGAUCAUCCAACAGAUCCCAUUUCGGCAUGCGCAUCAGCGCUAUUGGGAGACUUUGGUACUAUUGCCAUGUCUGCGGUAGACAUUCCUCGAGGUGUUUUUAAAGAAGGAAAAGGAUCGGAUGCCAAAGCGACAGGGAAAAGUGGCGACUUGGCUACGAUCACGUCGAGAGGAGCUAGUACAAGUACACUGAAUUUACCUGAACAAGCCGGUUCGAAUACAACACUGCCGCUCACUGAUGGAGCCAGCACCCAGUCUAAUCGACCCGCCGUAGACCCGCUUGGCAUGAAUCCAGUCGCUGCGCGAUCCGAGCCUAAUAGUUUACCUCACUUAGCACAUACUACGACAAUUAACUCAGGACAUUCGAGAUCACCUUCUGAAUCAGUUCAAAGUCCUGGCCAUCAAAGAAAUGGUUCCAAAGCAGGAAUGGCAUCGCCGACCCUCACGGCCGAACCUUUCGAAAGGGCCAUUCGUACGGGUAAGAUCAUCAACAAUAUCUUCGCAACCGGCAUGAAAUCCCCUAUGAACUUUUGUCUGGGUGCUGCGAGAGGCUUCAGAAACGCGCCGACUUUGUAUAACGAUGAUACUGUUCGUCCUGCGGAGAAAGUUACAAGUUUCGCUAGCGGUCUCAAGGUCGCCGGCAAGGAAUUUGGGUUCGGCUUCUACGACGGUAUCACCGGUUUGGUAACUCAACCUAUCAGAGGUGCCGAGAAGGACGGGGGCAUUGGACUGCUUAAGGGUUUCGGUAAGGGAAUCGGCGGCCUCAUGUUAAAACCUGCGGCAGCAAUCUGGUCCAUUCCUGCGUAUGCCAUGCAGGGUGUCCACGCCGAAAUUAGGUCUCGGUUCGCUCAGAAUGCUCAGGAGUAUAUUCUCGCAUCACGGAUUUCCCAAGGCGACGAUGACUUCAAGGAUGCGUCACCCGAGGAACGCGAAGAUAUCGAAGUCCGAUGGCUGGCCAAGAAGGAGCAGAUGAAGGGAUUCUACCUCUGGAAGCAGAAAGAAAAGGGAAAGACCAAGGAAAUCACUCCUCUGCCACCGGCCCAUGGAUCAGCUAUUACCCACCAGAUCGCCAGUAACGAACCGCAGAGGACCGGAUGGCUACAAUCGAGGACCCUAUCCAGUGAGGAACGGAGGAACCUACAUGACCAAAAGACCUCUUGGAAGCAAAAGCAAGCGGAAAGGGCAGCGACAGGCGGCACGUUUAUUGAUGAGAAGGUUCGUUCAGUUUCUAGUACAGGUGACACCCGUGAUGAGGAUGAAGAGUUUGAACGAGCCAUUAUGACUGCAGUGCGAGAGACAUCAACUGGAGAUGCAAGCGAGGACGCGCGAGUCGAACAGGCGAUUCGGUCUAGUGUCAGAGCCUUACGGACUAGGUCAACAACUGUAGGGUCGUUCGCCUCGGCCAAUUCCUGGAAUUCCAGCGGCCAUGACUCCGGAUACUUUACGGAUAUCAAACGCCCAUAUCCGGCAGACGUUAAAUACCCUGUAUCGGGAUCUUCGCAGGCCUCCGGAACACUCGAGGAUUCAUUGGAGAUCACCGACGAGGAGUACCAGGCCCUAAUCGAGCAAGCCGUUCAGCUCAGCAUGGCCGAGCCACACAGGAGCGGAGUCCGGAGACACGACCUCGAUGAUAGCGAAGAAGACGAAGAUUUGAAAGAGGUCCUUCAGAGGUCACAAACGGAAAAAACUAUAGAGGAACAGGAUGAGGAAAAUUACAAGGCAGCGCUUAAGGCUUCGGAAGCGGAACAAGAGAGAAAGGGUGGUUUUGCCGACGACGACGACGAAGACGACGAGCUAAGGAAAGCUAUCGAGGCUUCUCAGGCGGAGCAAACCCAAGGAAGUAAUAAUGGCGGUGGUGACGCCGACGACGAAGAACUCAGGCGCGCUAUAGAGGAAUCCGAGAGGGCGCAUAAGGAAGAACUAGCGCUCAAGUCGGAAGAAGACAUCGUGAUGGAAUUCGUCAAGAAGCAGAGUCUAGCCGAGGAGCAGUAUCGGAAAGCUAGGGGGAAAGGCAAAUACGCGGACUACGAAGAGGAGGAAGACGAGGACGAGGAGCUGAGACGGGCGCUGGAAGCGAGUAUGCAGACGGAUAGCGGCGUGCGUCGCGGAGGGGUGGGAGGUCCGUCGACGUUCUAGGGGAGAAAGGGGAGUGAUACCUACACGAGAGAAUUCGAGAAUGCAUGAAUAAUACAUAUUGAUACCCUUGAUUAGUUAGAAAAAGAGAGGAGGGAAAAUCAGCUGAGAUAGUGAUACCUAGUACUUAUUA